CAUUUAUUGUUGAAGCACAAUGUCUAUUGCAAUAGCAAGUUUGCUUCUGGUCCUCGUUCAGCUUUACACUACAGCAGGGCAGGACUGGUAUGUACCACCAGCAAAAAACGAUGUACCAGAUAAACGCUGUCAAGAUUCUAAGUUUGGCUCGGAGCACAACUACUGUGAUAUGUGGAAAUUCCUUGGUUUCUGUGACUUGAUGGAGGAGGAGGAAACGUUUUGUCGGAAGACUUGCAAUAUCUGUCAGGAUAACGAAACCGGGGAAUGUUCAGACGAUAGCCAACAUACCUUGACAUUUUGCCAAAGGUAUAAAUUGAAUGGAUUGUGUGUUAACAAAGAGGAUGCCUAUCCCAAUACGCAACAUCUUUGUGAAAAGACAUGUGGAACUGGACCAUGUACAGCUGUUGAUGGAGGAUACAGUGCUUUUGGAGAUUGGUCUAAGUGCUCUGCUGAGUGUGACGGAGGAACCCAAACCAGAACCAGACAAUGUAACAACCCCGCUCCCAGGCAUGGUGGUAAAGAGUGUGAAGGGGACGAUUCCGAAACUCAAACAUGUAACGAAGACUGGCCUUGCCCAGAUACGCGUGAUGAAUCCGAAAAAGAAAGUGAUGAUCACGAAGACGCAUUAGUUGAUGGAGGAUACGGUGCUUUUGGAGAUUGGUCUAAGUGCUCUGCUGACUGUGAGGGAGGAACCCAAACCAAAACCAGACAAUGUAACAACCCCGCUCCCAGGCAUGGUGGUAAAGACUGUGAAGGAGACGAUUCUAAAACUCAACCAUGUAACGAAGAUCCUUGCCCAGCUGUUGAUGGAGGAUACAGUGCUUUUGGAGAUUGGUCUAAGUGCUCUGCUGAGUGUGACGGAGGAACCCAAACCAGAACUAGACAAUGUAACGACCCUGCUCCAAGUAAUGGUGGUAAAGAAUGUGAAGGAGACGAUUCCGAAACUCAAACAUGUAACGAAGACCCUUGCCCAGUUGAUGGAGGAUACAGUGCUUUUGGAGAUUGGUCUAAGUGCUCUGCUGAGUGUGACGGAGGAACCCAAACCAAAACCAGACAAUGUAACGACCCUGCUCCCAGGCAUGGUGGUAAAGACUGUGAAGGAGACGAUUCCGAAACUCAAGCAUGUAACGAAGACCCUUGCCCAGUUGAUGGAGGAUACAGUGCUUUUGGAGAUUGGUCUAAGUGCUCUGCUGACUGUGAGGGAGGAACCCAAACCAAAACCAGACAAUGUAACGACCCUGCUCCCAGGCAUGGUGGUAAAGACUGUAAAGGAGACGAUUCUAAAACUCAAACAUGUAACGAAGAUCCUUGUCCAGAUUAUGAUGCAAAUUGUAGAGAUAGAUUUAACGCCAGAUCUUGUGCUUUUAUUUUUAAUGGAAAGAGGUGCCAACAGAGCGGAGACAAAUGCCGAAAAACAUGCAAAAUCUGUACAGAUUUAAAAUACAAGCCAGUUUAUGAUGAGAAUUGUAAAGAUACUUACAGCCCUUCUUUUUGUGGAAAUUGCCAAAAAGGGUACCGACAAUACUGCUUGAAAACAUGCAAAAUCUGUACAGAUAUACCUGAGAAGAAAAAAGACAAGCCAGUUAAUGAUGAGUUUUGUGACGAUAGACUUGACGCCGGUUCUUGUUCUUCAGUUUUACGUGCCGGGAAUUGCCAACGGACGGGAAAAUACUGCCAGAAAACAUGCAACAUGUGUACAAAUACGAGUGAUAAAUCCGAAAAAUCUGAUACUGAAGAGAAAUUACCUGAAAAUGAUAGUGAUGAUAACGAAGACGCUAGAAAAAAUGAUACAGAAGACGAUACUGAGAAUGAAAUUGAUGAUAACGAAGACGCUAAAACAGAUGAUACGGAAGACGAUACUGAGACAGAAAGUGAUAAAAAACCUGAAGACAAACCUAAGGAGAAAGAAAACGAGCCAGUUUGUGAUAAGGAAUGCUUUAAUAAAUGGCCGAGGUCAUUAUGUUCUUCAGUUUUACGUGGCGGUAAUUGCCAACGGAUGGGAAAAAACUGCAAGGAAACAUGCACAACCUGUACAAGGUGUAAAGGCGAUACGAAUCGAAGAUCAAACGUUGCGUGGUUAUCAAAUGGUGAGAAAGUCGAAUUACAAAGGGAAUUAGAAAGUGGAUCUUGUGAGGACUUUGACCCCCUUUGUAAGGACAAAGAAAUAGCUUCGCAGUGCGAUGAAGAUUCUACGUUACAAAAGAUCUGUCCAGCAAGUUGUGGACAAUGUGUGAUCCGGUUACAAAGUGAUGAUGCUGACGAAACUAAGGAAGAUGAUAACGGGAAGGAAAGUGAUGAUGCUGACGAAACUAAGGAAGAUGAUACUGGGAAGGAAAGUGAUGAUGCUGACGAAACUAAGGAAGAUGAUACUGGGAAGGAAAGUGAUGAAGAUGCUGAAGAAGAUAUUAAGACUUGUGAACUUAACAGUGAAGAUAACCAUCCCGAUAAAACAGUGUGUGGUAAAUGGAAAUCAUACGGAUUUUGCGAACGUUAUAAAUCAGUGAGGGAUUACGAUUGUAAGAAGACAUGCUGUUAUUUUAAAGAGAAACCUAAAAAGAAGGAAAAAGACGAGCCUGUUUAUGAUAAGAACUGUAAAGAUUAUCUACCGGCGACAGUUUGUGCUAACCAGAAUUGCAAAAGAAACAGUAGUUACAAAAAAUUGUACUGCAAGAAAACAUGCAAAACCUGCACAAGUGAGAAAAAAGUCGAAUUACAAAGCGAAUUACAAAGUGAAUUACAAAGUGGAUUACAACGUGGAUUACAAAGUGGAUCUUGUCAAGACUUUGACCCUCUUUGUAAUGAAAAAGAAAUAGCUUCGCUGUGCGAUGAUUCUGAAUUACAAAAGAUUUGUCCAGCAACUUGUGGACAAUGUAGCUAUGAGAAUAAUGGACAGUGCAAGGACAAGAGAGAGGCAUGUAAAACUGAUGAAUUGCGGGAGUUUUGUUAUCACCCAAAUGUGAAAGACCUCUGUCCGCUAUCUUGUGGACAAUGUGGUAUGUAAUUGUUAUUAAAUUAUAAAUUCAUUUUGUGAUUACUUUAUUCGUUAAUUAGUGAGUAGUUAGUACAAUAAUGAGUCAUGAAAACUGAAAAGGAGCUAGCUGACAUUUUUCAUCGUAUGGGCUAACUAAUAAGUAUUAUUAUAUAUAACCAUAUAUAAUAUUAUAUAUAGUUCUUGCUUCAAUGACUCAGAUAAUAAAUUACCAUUUUUGAAUGAGUAGCAAACAAUCCAGAGAUUUUAUUGAAUAUGAACUAUUUUAUGUGUCAAAUUGUAAUUAUGUAAAAAUGUAAAUAAAAUUUAAAUAAAAAUGCAAAUAAAAUGUAAAUGUAUAUAUUGUAUAUAAA